GAACUAUCCUCACUAUUCAAAAAGCCCAAGGACACUCGAACAUCCAUAGUGCAGGCCGCGUUGUUUCAUUGCAGCUGUUGACAUGUCCAACGCAUCGUGGUGCGAUCCUGAAUAUGGCUGGCCUGCGGAUGGGUUGGAGAGGUUACCCCCCUGCCAGGAAGAAACUCUUCGACAGAUUCCUUGGGCAUUAUUGUUUUUAUUUGGAGUUCCGAGACUUGUCACGCUUUUGAGAGGUCCGUCUCCAGCUGUUCCACGCGGGACAUUGUAUUGGGGGAAAUUGACCCUGGCGUUCGUGCUACUAGUACUCCACGUUGGAGAAUACCUCAACGCAUACCUACAGGGAUCGCUCUGCGAUGGUCCGGAAUAUCUGUGCGCCCGCGUAUCGUUUUGGUUGGGUGCUGCGGCUUUGUUGUUUGCAAUUGUCUUGCACCAUGAAGAACAUUUGCGGUCGAGAGUGCCUUCGACAGUUUUGCUAUUUUUCUGGCUCUUUACCGUCGUGGCAGGGAUCGUCAAAUUGAGAACCUUGGUGUUGGUUGGAGCAUACGCACGAGAUCAGGUCGGAUUUGCCCUCUAUGUGAGCUUUCUGGGAUUAGCGAUCUUUCUGUUUGGAUUGGAGAACGUGCCCAAACCGGGGACGUAUUAUAGCAGUCUUGAUGAGGACGUGUCUGCCAGUCCGGAAGAAACCGCCAAUAUCUUUUCGCGGUUGACGUUCUUCUGGAUGGAUCCCCUGAUGAAGCUUGGGUACCGAAAGAAUCUGGACAUGAAUGAUCUUUGGAAUCUGAAGCGAAGUGAUCGUUCAGCCGUCACCGGUGGCAUGUUUCAAGCAGCCUGGGAGGAAGAAUUGAUGAAAAAGAGGCCGUCUUUACUGAGAGCGUGCGUCAAGACAUAUGGACUUCCAUUUGGAUCCGCCGCGAUUUUCAAAGCUGCACAGGACAUCAUGGCGUUUAUUCAGCCGAUUUUUUUAAAGCAGCUGAUGGAUUUUGCUAGGAGUUGGUCCGAUGGCGAUUCUACCCAGGAACGACAACCAAUCAACCGUGGUUUCAUGAUUGCCGGAUUGAUGCUUCUGACGGCUGUUACGCAAACCAUUAUGCUGCACCAGUAUUUUCACAUUUGUUUAGUGACUGGGAUGCGAAUGCGCUCAGCCAUGGUUACCGCCGUUUACCGCAAAUCCCUUGUUCUGUCAAGUGUUGCAAGACAAAGUUCCACCGUGGGUGAGAUUGUGAAUCUGCAGAGUGUUGAUGCGUCUCGCUUGAGCGAUCUUUGCUCGUAUUUGCACAUCAUGUGGUCAGGUCCUUUCCAAAUUGCCAUGGCGAUCUUUUUCCUGUACCAGACACUCGGGCCAUCUAUCUUCGCCGGGGUAGCUGUGAUGAUUCUCAUGGUCCCCGUUAACGCCUACUUGGCCACGAGAUCGCGCACGUUAAACAAAGCUCAAAUGGCGAACAAAGACACGAGGACAAAAAUGAUGGAUGAGUUACUCAAUGGAAUCAAAGUGAUAAAACUUUACGCAUGGGAGCGCCCCUUUCUGAAAAAAAUCUACAAAGCGCGUGAAGCAGAGUUGGAUACGUUGAAGAAGCUGGGAUAUCUAUCUGCAUUCCAGAGUUUCACAUGGGCGUGCACACCCUUCCUCGUCUCCUUUGUUUCCUUCGCGGUCUAUACGUUAAUAUCCGAUGAACCCCUGACAUCGGGCAAAGUAUUUGUAUGCAUUUCACUCUUCAAUCUUCUCCAGUUCCCUUUGGCCGUUUUCCCGAGUGUCAUAUCAGCUGUGAUUGAGGCUUCAGUGUCAUUCAACAGGCUGUACAAGUUUUUGAGGAAUGAGGAGCUCGACAGGAACGCAGUAAUUUACGAAACAGUGGUUUUUCAGCCCACAUCUGGAAAGGCACAGCGGGUGGUGGUAGAGAAUGCUACAUUCCAGUGGAGUAAACAGGGAACACCUGUUCUCGAAGACAUCUCAUUCCGGGUUAGCGAUGGACAAUUGUUUGCUAUCGUGGGCAGCGUUGGUGCAGGAAAGUCAAGUGUUAUUGCGGCACUCCUCGGUGAGAUGUAUAAAAUUAAAGGCGACGUCCGGCUGCGUGGGUCGGUCGCCUAUGUGCCGCAGAAUGCGUGGAUCAUGAAUGCGACUUUGAAGGAAAACAUCCUCUUUGGACGGCCUUUUGAUGCUCACUUCUAUGAUGAGGUCAUCAAAGCUUGUGGCCUUAAGGCGGAUUUGGAGAUUCUACCUGGAGGGGACGAAGUUGAGAUUGGAGAACGGGGCAUCAACUUAUCAGGUGGACAGAAGCAGCGGGUGUCAUUGGCUCGUGCGGUAUAUUCUCGGGCAGAUAUCUACUUGUUUGAUGAUCCACUCUCCGCAGUUGACGCGCAUGUUGGGCGCCACAUUUUCAACAAUGUCGUUGGACCCAACGGAUUGCUACAAACCAAGGCGCGAAUUUUUGUCACGCACGGUAUACAUUUCCUUCCAGAAACCAACGAAGUCAUGAUGCUUCAAGAAGGUCGAAUUUGCGAACUUGGUGCGUUUACUGAUGUAAUGGCUCGUGAAGGACCCUUGUACACCUUGAUGAAGGAGUAUGGCAAGCGUCGUGAUGAAGAUGAAGGUGUCGAGGACGACGAAGCGGACGAUGUUGUCCCUCCCGUCGGGUCCGUUGGAAGUCUGGCGGAGAAACCUCGUUCCCGGCGCACCUCGAACGUGAAAGGCUCUCACACGCAACUGGAUAAUGCUGCCGCGUUGAAAAAGUUACCGACACCCAUAAAUUCUCUCAUGACCAAAGAAGAAAGCGCAGUCGGCUCCGUUUCAUGGGACGUUUACUCAGCCUACGCAAAAGCGUGUUCAGUCCGCAUGGUUGUCGCCUACCUCAUCAUUGCAGUUCUUUCGCAAGUUCUAAGUGUUGCACAAAAUGUAUAUCUGGCGGAUUGGGCCGCGGAAAACGAUAGAAUGGAAUCGCACGUUUUAGGAGGAGCUCGGAAUGACCAUGUCUUGAAGAGAUUGGCUGUGUAUGGUGGUCUAGGAUUCACGUACUCUUUUACAAUUAUUGGGCAAGUCAUUUUUGUGUGGGUUGCUUGUGGAAUUCGAUCUGCUCGAUUACUCCACACGCAAAUGCUGGAGAACAUUGUUCGACUGCCCCAAUCCUUUUAUGACACAACCCCUCUUGGACGCGUCAUGAACCGAUUCUCAAAAGACCAGUACACGGUGGACGAAGUUCUCCCGAGAGUCUUUCAAGGAUAUUUCAGAACCCUAUUUGCAGUGCUCUCGGUUAUUGCUGUGAAUCUGAUGGGAUCUCCCAUGUUCUUGCUGUUUGCGAUACCGCUAAGUAUCUUGUAUGCGUACUUCCAACGGUUUUACCUCUCCACCUCUCGGGAACUGAAGCGGCUUGACUCAACGUCUCGAUCCCCUAUAUACGCCCACUUUUCGGAAACUCUAGGCGGCGUAUCCACUAUCCGUGCUUAUAAGCAGGAACCACGCUUUAUGCACACUAACGAAUCGAAAGUGGAUGACAAUAUGAGGGCUUAUUAUCCUAGUAUUGGCUCUAAUCGCUGGUUGGCGGUCCGACUCGAGUUUAUUGGAUCGUUGAUUGUCUUUGGAUCGGCGCUGUUUAGUGUGCUUACUAUUAUGAUUCAGGGACACAUUUCGGCUAGUAUUGUCGGGCUGAUGAUUACCUACUCGCUAAAUGUUACGCAGACACUGAAUUGGAUGGUACGGCAAUCAUGUGAGAUUGAAACCAACAUAGUCUCCGUGGAACGUAUGAAAGAGUACAUUGAGCUCCCCCAAGAGGCCCCAUAUGAAAUCCCUGAGCACCACCCACCGGCUAAUUGGCCAGAGCGCGGUAGAAUCGAUUUUGAGCACUACAGUGCGCGGUACAGGCCUGGGCUGGAUCUUGUGCUAAAGGAUGUUACAUUCUCUGUCCACGAACGCGAAAAGAUUGGUAUUGUUGGACGCACGGGCGCCGGCAAGUCCUCUUUGACCUUGGCCUUAUUCCGCCUCAUUGAAGCGGCCACCGGUCGAAUUAUGAUUGAUGAUAUCGACAUUUCCCAUCUUGGCUUAUUCGAUCUCCGCUCCCGUCUGACCAUCAUCCCACAGGAUCCUGUCCUCUUUUCUGGUACCAUUCGAGAUAACCUAGACCCAUUUAACGUUCACGAUGACGCAGCCAUUUGGCAGGCCUUGGAGAGCGCGAGCCUCAAAAGCCAUAUAGGGCGGCUAGACAAAAAAUUGGGGGCCAUGGUUUUGCAAGGUGGUGAAAAUUUCAGUGUUGGACAACGGCAAUUAAUUUGUUUGGCGAGGGCGUUACUCCGCAAGACGCAUAUUUUGGUGUUGGAUGAGGCGACGGCUGCGAUUGAUGUAGAGACAGAUACAAUUAUACAAAAGACGAUUCGAGAGGAGUUCAAGGACUGCACGAUUAUCACCAUUGCUCACCGUAUCAACACGGUUAUGGAUAACGAUCGCAUCCUCGUCCUAGACCGUGGUCAAAUUGCAGAGUUUGACACACCGAACAAUCUGCUCGCAAAUAAAAAGUCUAUGUUUUAUAGUCUAGCGAAAGAGGCUGGUCAAGUAGCAUAAAUUUAUUCUGUUUUGGAUUGUGUAGAAUGAGAUAAAAAUAUGGAACAUUCUUAUUGGACACUGGGAGGAGUCUCAAUCUAAUAUAAUAUUGGGGGAACAAUCGAUAUGGG